AUGGGGCUGUUCAGCUCAAAGAAGAGGAUAAAGCCGCUCCCACAUGACAAGCCACUUGACUUCCGCAUUCCAGUAGGCUAUGAGGUCGGCCUAUUCAAGCCAAUUUCGAGAAAGGACAACGCUAAGAACACGUCUUUAUCCAACGAAAGGAUGUCGAGGACCGGCCACUUUACUGAGUACCCGGCAGUGAAGGACUUCCCAUAUGACAAGCAGAGAAAGGAGGUUGGAUAUGCACAGAUCGGAACACCUAAAGGCAAAUUGGGCGAGAAAGUAGUUCAAAAAGGAUGUAUUCGCACCGUUACCGAUGAACACAAGGUCAUCCGAGGCGUUCUCUACCAUCCAGUUCCAACGAAUGGCAAGAAAACAAGCGGCAAUUUCAUUCCCACUCAGGAUGUAUACAUAUCACGAACUCUUGGCGGACUUGGCUCUUAA